AACUAUGGGUUUAAUCUAAUCUGAUGAUGAUGAUAACCAGCUGGGGUCGCGUCGCCGCAAACAACUUUCUGUAAAGGAGGCAUUGGUUAUGCCGUUGUCAUGUCCAGCACCGUGAGGGCUCUCUGGCAGGCCGUCGGUCAAGCAUCAAAGUCUCUGCACCUAGAAUCCUUCAAGAGAGUGACGGUCAGAAUUGAUCCGUUUCACAGCAACGCGACUGCGGUCAGGGACUUCCUGUCUCAUGUGAGUGCAUCGAGGGUGCGAUUGACCAACCCUGAGUGUGCCCUCAAGACAGAAGUGUUGUGUGACCGAUCAGAGCCCACCAUCGAUAUUGUGUUCUUGGAUGGUCGCCGAGCAGUGGUCCAGUGUGGCCACUUGAGCUGCCUGGAAGUGCUGCAGACCGUGGGCCAGCUUGGAACUGCUGGCCAUCAUGGCCAAGGCAGCCAGUGACCAGUUGACGCCCCAGGCAGAGCUGUUCCUGCGUGCAUACAGCCAGGUGCCUGCGUUCCGGGACCUCUUCGACGAGGAGACCUUCUACAUAUUUGCGGCUUGUUUCGUCCUCACCACCUGCCUCGUGGCCUUCCUGCUCUCGCGUUUCAUCACGUUGCGCCCCGUGGAAUAAAUAAAACGU